GGUGUCCGGUGUGCCCAGCAGAGUGGGUCUCUGGAGAGGUGGGCGCUGGAGAGAAGGAGAGGGAAGGAGAGACGGGUAUGGAUGGAAAGGGAGAGGAAGCCAGGCUAAACCAGCGUGUCCCAGUGAGGGGCCCUGGGCUGAGUGGAGGAAAUGGGUGCGGUGGAGGUGGGUUUGGCUGGGCACAGCCGGCACGUGGGGUAAGCGGGUGGGGCCGGUUGUGCGGGAGGCCUAUCUGGGGCAAGCAGCCGAGGCCGACUGUGUCAGGCGUGUGGUUGAGCACGGGCAGGUGUCUGGCGGUGACCCUGCACGUCUGGUGUUUACCUGGCCCUGGGUCUGACGUGGACCGCGCCUGGCUGCUGGCGGGACAGUGUGUUAUCUGCCUGCGGACGCUUCCGGCCACUUGGCCUGGGCCUCUGCCCUUAGCGCUGUGUUUUCCGGGCCAAGCCCCCCAUCCCCCCUAUCUAGUGCUAGGACUUUCUGGCUCCAGAGGUCACCGCGGCCGGGCAGAGGCUGCCAAAGCAAACCAGCCCCGUGACUUGUAGGAAGCCAGCGGGGGAGGGGCUGGGGCAGGAUGAGCAAGGCAGGCGGGAGAGGCUGGGGCUGGGGUUGGGGCCCAGGAAUUGGGCAGGGAAUUAGCAGAGGUGCAGCAAGUGGCGGGCACAGCCAGGACCUGGGGCUGGAGGAUGCAGAAAGGGCGGGGGGAAGGGGUCGCUGGGCGAGGGUGGAGUGGGCUUAGGGCAACUGGGGCCCUCCAUCUGAUCUCUUCUGGUCAGACCCCCACCCUUCAGCCUGCACUUUCUCCCUAAACCCCCAUCCUCCAGCCAGACCUGUCCCUGUUCCCACAUCCCCGCAGACGGGCACACCUGGGUCCCCCUGGAGGUCCAAGACGAGCCCCGUAGCGGGGCCCGCCUGGUCCAGCCCCCGCAAGCCCGGCCCCAUCAGCCAGGUGGCCUCCAGCGCUGCCAAUCGAAUGGUCCGGCCCCUCCCCGCCCCUUCGCCCGCCCCUCGCCCAGCCCCCUCCUCCUCAGGUGAGGCAGCCUGGCCUAGCAGGCCCCACGCCACCGCCUCUGCCUCCAGGCCUCCUGCUGCUGCGGGGCCACCAUGCUCCUGCCCAGGCCUGGAGACUGACCCGACCCCAGCACCACCUCGAGGCUCCGCCCCCACCUGCUGGACCCCAGGGAGGUCAGCCAGGGAAUCAUUAACAAGAGGCGGUGACAUGGCGCAGAAGGAGGGUGGCCGGACUGUGCCAUGCUGCUCCAGACCCAAGGUGGCAGCUCUCACUGCGGGGACCCUGCUACUUCUGACAGCCAUCGGGGCGGCAUCCUGGGCCAUUGUGGCUGUUCUCCUCAGGAGUGACCAGGAGCCGCUGUACCCAGUGCAGGUCAGCUCUGCGGACGCUCGGCUCAUGGUCUUUGACAAGACAGAAGGGACGUGGCGGCUGCUGUGCUCCUCGCGCUCCAAUGCCAGGGUAGCCGGACUCAGCUGCGAGGAGAUGGGCUUCCUCAGGGCACUGACCCACUCCGAGCUGGAUGUGCGAACGGCGGGCGCCAACGGCACGUCAGGCUUCUUCUGUGUGGACGAGGGGAGGCUGCCCCACACCCAGAGGCUGCUGGAGGUCAUCUCCGUGUGUGAUUGCCCCAGAGGCCGUUUCUUGGCCACCAUCUGCCAAGACUGUGGCCGCAGGAAGCUGCCCGUGGACCGCAUCGUGGGAGGCCGGGACACCAGCUUGGGCCGGUGGCCGUGGCAAGUCAGCCUUCGCUAUGACGGAGCACACCUCUGUGGGGGGUCCCUGCUCUCCGGGGACUGGGUGCUGACAGCCGCCCACUGCUUCCCCGAGCGGAACCGGGUCCUGUCCCGAUGGCGAGUGUUUGCCGGUGCCGUGGCCCAGGCCUCUCCCCACGGCCUGCAGCUGGGGGUGCAGGCUGUGGUCUACCACGGGGGCUAUCUUCCCUUUCGGGACCCCAACAGCGAAGAGAACAGCAACGAUAUUGCCCUGGUCCACCUCUCCAGUCCCCUGCCCCUCACAGAAUACAUCCAGCCUGUGUGCCUCCCAGCUGCUGGCCAGGCCCUGGUGGAUGGCAAGAUCUGUACCGUGACGGGCUGGGGCAACACACAGUACUAUGGCCAACAGGCCGGGGUACUCCAGGAGGCUCGAGUCCCCAUAAUCAGCAAUGAUGUCUGCAAUGGCGCUGACUUCUAUGGAAACCAGAUCAAGCCCAAGAUGUUCUGUGCUGGCUACCCCGAGGGUGGCAUUGAUGCCUGCCAGGGCGACAGCGGUGGUCCCUUUGUGUGUGAGGACAGCAUCUCUCGGACGCCACGUUGGCGGCUGUGUGGCAUUGUGAGCUGGGGCACUGGCUGUGCCCUCGCCCAGAAGCCAGGCGUCUACACCAAAGUCAGUGACUUCCGGGAGUGGAUCUUCCAGGCCAUAAAGACUCACUCCGAAGCCAGCGGCAUGGUGACCCAGCUCUGACCGAUGGCUUCUCGCUGCGCAGCCUCCAGGGCCCGAGGUGAUCUCGGUGGUGGGAUCCACGCCGGGCCUAGGAUGGGACGUUUUUCUUCUUGGGCCUGGUCCACAGGUCCAAGGACACCCUCCCUCCAGGGUCCUCUCUUCCACAGUGGCGGGCCCACUCAGCCCCGAGACCACCCAACCUCACCCUCCUGACCCCCAUGUAAAUAUUGUUCUGCUGUCUGGGACUCCUGUCUAGGUGCCCCUGAUGACAGGAUGCUCUUUAAAUAAUAAAGAUGGUUUUGAUUAA